CGCGCCACGGGUCCGGGCGUGAUGGCGGCGCUGGGCGGGGACGGUCUGCGUUUACUGUCCGUGUCGCGGCCGGAGCGACAGCCCGAGUCAGCCGCGCUGAGCGGCCCGGGCCCAGGGCUGUGCUGCUGGGUGUCCGUGUUCUCCUGCUUCAGCCUCGCCUGCUCCUACGUGGGCAGCCUCUACGUGUGGAAGAGCGAGCUGCCCAGGGACCACCCCGCUGUUAUCAAGCGGCGUUUCACCAGUGUCCUGGUGGUCUCCAGCUUGUCCCCUCUUUGCGUGCUGCUCUGGAGGGAGCUCACUGGCAUCCAGCCAGGCACAUCACUGCUUACCCUGAUGGGCUUCAGGCUGGAGGGCAUUUUCCCAGCAGCUCUGCUGCCCCUGCUGCUAACUAUGAUCCUUUUCCUGGGUCCACUGAUGCAGCUCUCUAUGGAUUGCACGUGUGACCUGACAGAUGGGCUGAAGGUUGUCCUGGCCCCUCGUUCUUGGGCCCGCUGCCUCACAGACAUGCGCUGGCUACGAAACCAAGUUAUUGCACCCUUGACAGAGGAGCUGGUGUUCCGGGCUUGUAUGCUGCCCAUGCUAGCACCAUGCACAGGUCUGGGCCCCGCUGUGUUCACCUGCCCACUCUUUUUUGGAGUCGCCCAUUUUCACCACAUUAUUGAGCAGCUGCGCUUCCGCCAAAGCAGUGUGGGAAGUAUCUUCUUGUCUGCAGCCUCCAUCUCCAGCGUUCCAGUUCUCCUACACCGCUGUCUUCGGUGCUUAUACGGCUUUCCUCUUCAUCCGCACAGGACACCUGAUAGGGCCGGUUCUCUGCCACUCCUUCUGCAACUACAUGGGCUUCCCUGCUGUGUGUGCAGCCCUGGAGCAUCCACAGAAGUGGCCACUGCUGGCAGGCUAUGCCCUUGGUGUGGGACUCUUCCUGCUUCUGCUUCAACCCCUGACAGACCCCAAGCUCUAUGGCAGCCUUCCUCUUUGUAUGCUUUUGGAACGAACUGGGGCCUCAGAGACCCUACUGUGCUCCUGACCAUCGCUCUUGUGUGCACUCCAGUGAACUCUGACGGGCUCUCCAGCCCCUCCUUAUCAAGGAAUACUGCAAGGGAGGGGCUGGCUGGGGUCCCCGAGAUCUCAGGAAUUUUUGUAGGGGAUUGAAGCCAGAGCUAGUUGAAUCCCAGGGACCAAGAGAAAGGAGCAGAUAUCCAAAGGGUACAGCCCCUCUCGAAGGGCGGGGGAGGGGGGAGGAUGAGCAGCAACUGGAAGUGAGGGGACAAGGGCGAAUCCUAGGAGCUGUGCACUCCCUGUUUUGGACUGAUGCUUCUCUAGCUCCUUUGUGUCCCCCUUCCCCCCUGAAAAGCUGCUCGGGUGGGUUUAUUUAUAAAACCCCUCCUCUCAACCUCCCAGGGUUUUCUCACUGUCUUUUUGCAUCAAGACUUUGUAUUGGGAUAUUAAAGAGAUUUAACUUGGGUAACAUGGUCUUGGAACUUUGGGGCUCUGCAUACUUGGAUCUUGGGAAAGACCCAAGACCACACUUGGGACUAUGUAUACUGCCCACGCUGCCUGGCAGCCCAGAUAAGCCUGGCAAGCAGGUCCCAGCAGUAGAAGAUAGGAAGGAGCCCUCAGGUGCCAAGGCUGUGGCUUACUUUCCUGAGCUCUGGCAGUUAAGUUAGCAUGGGCCAAGUGGAGGCUCAUCUCAUUGUGGGGCCUGCACCUCUGUUACCAAGGUCAAGGACUACCCACAGCUUUGGCCCAAGCAAUGGAGCUUCCAGCCUGUGUCCUGUGAGCUGGCGGAAGGUGGUUCCAGAGCCUCAUUCUACACAAGGAUAUGGGUCCAAGGCCCAAGAGGAAGCUUCUCUCGGGAGUAGAGGCUUCUGAUUCUAUAUGGACUGCUACCCCUCUGCCUCACCCAGUCCCUGAAGGAACCCAGGACAAAGGUCACAGCCCUGAAAAUGGCAAGGCGUCUUAUCAAGCACCUCCACUCUUCUUACCUGCCCACCACACUUCUAGAAUAGUUUGUUUUCCUUUGCCUUUUUAAAAAUUUGUGAAUAU